UUGUGUGAGGCGCUGCCUCUGCUGCGCCCGGCCAGGACCUCAGACCUCUCUGCUUUGCUGCUGUUGUGGCUUCCCCGGGGGGAACUUCCCUGAGACCUGGGUCAGGGACAGAGCCUCGCUGGCUGCAGGAGAGCUCCCUUUGCCUGCAGAUGUCUGAGGAGGAAGGAGGCUGAUGCCCAGUGAGAGAAGGUCGUGCCUCGAGUCACCGCUGCCAGUACAGGUGCUUGGCCACCCCCAGCAGUCCAAACAGCUGGCGGGCAGAACAGCGAGGAACCAGGUGACAGAUGAGCCUCUUCCUGUCCCCAUCUCUUUUGCGAACCCCCCAGUGCUGCCCUCCCAGCUCCAGUGGGAGUCGUCUGAAGCCCUGAGCCCAGAAUCCAAGAAAGAAGAGGAGGAGGAGGAGGAGGAGGAAGAAGUCAAGGCCUGGGGAGCCUGUGAAUCGCCUCAGUAGAAACAAGAGCUACAUAGGCCCAGUGUCUGCUUGUGGUCCCCCUCCGGGGAGCCCCCAGCCUUGGGUACUGGCUGUGCCCAGAUUAACUGGGGUCCCAGUGCUGGGAGGGGUCGCCCCCAAGAUGGUGGCGGCCCCAAAGAGGACUGUGCUGCCAGCCCUAGCCACUGGCCACUAGAUCCCGUGCGUGCUUGAGCCCCUCUCCCCAGCCUGGCCUGCGAGGGGCGGAGGCGGGCGCCAUGCUGCGCCUGGGGCUGUGUGCCGCGGCGCUGCUGUGCGUGUGCCAGCCGGGCGCCGUGCGUGCCGACUGCUGGCUCAUCGAGGGGGACAAGGGCUACGUGUGGCUGGCCAUCUGCAGCCAGAACCAGCCGCCCUACGAGACCAUCCCGCAGCACAUCAACAGCACGGUGCAUGACCUGAGGCUCAACGAGAACAAGCUGAAGGCCGUGCUCUACUCCUCGCUCAACCGCUUCGGGAACCUCACGGAUCUCAACCUCACCAAGAACGAGAUCUCCUACAUCGAGGACGGCGCGUUCCUGGGCCAGACGAGCCUGCAGGUCCUGCAGCUGGGCUACAACAGGCUCAGCAACCUGACGGAGGGCAUGCUGCGCGGCAUGAGCCGCCUGCAGUUCCUUUUCGUCCAGCACAACCUCAUCGAGGUGGUGACGCCCAGCGCCUUCUCCGAGUGCCCGAGCCUCAUCAGCAUCGACCUGUCCUCCAACCGCCUCAGCCGCCUCGAUGGCGCCACUUUCGCCAGCCUCUCCAGCCUGAUGGUGUGCGAGCUGGCUGGCAACCCCUUCAACUGCGAGUGCGACCUCUUCGGUUUCCUCGCCUGGCUGGUGGUCUUCAACAACGUCACCAAGAACUAUGAUCGCUUGCAGUGCGAGUCGCCGAGGGAGUUUGCUGGCUACCCGUUGCUGGUGCCCCGGCCCUACCACAGCCUCAAUGCCAUUACCGUCCUGCAGGCCAAGUGCCGCAAUGGCUCGAUGCCCUCCCGGCCCGUGAGCCACCCUACGCCCUACUCAACGGACUCCCAGAGGGAGUCUGAUGAGAACUCGGGCUUCAGCCCGGAUGAAAUCCUCUCGGUCGAACCACCAGCCUCGUCCACCACGGAUGCGUCCGCGGGACCUGCCAUCAAGCUGCACCAGGUCACUUUCACCUCGGCCACCCUUGUGGUCAUCAUCCCGCACCCCUACAGCAAGAUGUACGUGCUGGUGCAAUAUAACAACAGCUACUUUUCUGACGUCAUGACUCUGAAAAACAAGAAGGAGAUCGUGACGCUGGACAAGCUGCGCGCACACACCGAGUACACUUUCUGCGUGACCUCUCUGCGCAACAGCCGCCGCUUUAACCACACCUGCCUGACCUUCACCACGCGGGACCCUGUGCCGGGCGACCUGGCGCCCAGCACCUCCACCACCACGCACUACAUCAUGACUAUUCUGGGCUGUCUCUUUGGCAUGGUCAUCGUCCUGGGCGCCGUCUACUACUGUCUGCGCAAGCGGCGGAUGCAGGAGGAGAAGCAGAAGUCAGUCAACGUUAAGAAGACCAUUCUGGAGAUGCGCUAUGGGGCCGAUGUGGACGCUGGCUCCAUCGUGCACGCCGCUCAGAAGCUGGGCGAGCCGCCCGUGCUGCCCGUGGCCCGCAUGUCCUCCAUCCCCUCCAUGAUUGGGGAGAAGCUGCCCACCUCUAAGGGGCUGGAGGCUGGGCUGGACACUCCCAAGGUGGCCACCAAAGGCAACUAUAUCGAAGUGCGCACAGGUGCCGCAGGGGACGGCCUGGCCCGGCCUGAGGACGACCUCCCGGACCUUGAGAAUGGCCAGGGCUCGGCCGCUGAGAUCUCCACCAUCGCCAAAGAAGUGGACAAAGUCAACCAGAUCAUCAACAACUGCAUCGACGCCCUCAAGUUGGACUCCGCCUCUUUCCUGGGGGGUGGCAGCGGCAGUGGGGACCCUGAGCUGGCCUUCGAGUGCCAGUCUCUCCCUGCCGCUGCUUCCGCCUCCUCGGCCACCACCUCCGGGGGGGUGCUCGAACGGCCCAGCUUCCUGUCACCGCCCUACAAGGACAGCUCUCACCACCCGCUCCAGCGCCAGCUGAGCGCUGAUGCCGCCGUGACCCGCAAGACCUGCAGCGUCUCGUCCAGCGGCUCCAUCAAGAGCGCCAAGGUGUUCAGCCUGGACGUGCCCGACCACCCGACCACGGCGGGGCUGGCCAAGGGCGACUCCAAGUACAUCGAGAAGGGCAGCCCUCUCAACAGCCCCCUGGACCGGCUCCCGCUGGUGCCCGCGGGCAGCGGCGGGGGCAGCGGCGGCGGGGGUGGCAUCCACCACCUGGAGGUGAAGCCGGCCUACCAGUGCAGCGAGCACCGGCACAGCUUCCCCGCCCUCUACUACGAGGAGGGCGCGGACAGCCUGAGCCAGCGGGUGUCCUUCCUCAAGCCGCUGACCCGCUCCAAGCGCGACUCCACCUAUUCGCAGCUGUCCCCCAGACAUUACUACUCCGGGUACUCCUCCAGCCCCGAGUGCUCCUCGGAGAGCGCGCACAAGAUCUGGGAGCGCUUCCGGCCCUACAAGAAGCACCACCGCGAGGAGGUGUACGUGGCCGCCGGCCACGCCCUGCGCAAGAAAGUCCAGUUCGCCAAGGACGAGGAUCUCCAUGACAUCCUUGAUUACUGGAAGGGGGUCUCAGCCCAGCAGAAGCUGUGACCCUCUGACCCUCUCCUCUCCCCCCUCCACUCUGCCCCCGGGCGAGGUGAAGGGGAGGGGCUGGGGCAC